AAUAUUGGCACGUUGCCCUCGCCUGUUUUUAAACAUGUUGCCUGUUUGCGUUUAGAAAUUGAACUUUUCUCUACUAAACUAUUCCUAGGCUGCUGAAUGUCAUCAAAAGGCUCGGAGAACCCGGAAAAUUAUCUCUGGUGCCCAGCCACAUUGGACGUUCUGAAAGAUAAGACCGGAGACGCCACCUCUUAUACAGCGGUCAAAUCAGUACGCCUGGACCCGCGACCACUCGAGUCCGAGAAAUCAAUGACGGAUUACCAUGCUCGAGUAUCCGCGCUCCCCCUGGAUCGUAUCAAGAACAGGGUGGAGAUGAAAGGACAGGACCUGAAACUCAUGAAAAAAAGAGGGCGUGGAAUUGCAAAAGGCGGAGGAACAAAAUACCUCUCUCGAAUUGCUACAAGCUGCAUACGAGAAGCUCGCGGCAAAUGUCGAGGGUCACGAUGCCACCAUGGCCAAAGCGGCGAAGACUGUCUGGCAUCUGGAGUAUGUCAAGUACAGCGAGGGUGUCAGAUUUUCAGUCUCUGCCGCCAACCUCCUAGUAGAGGUGGCCAAGAAAUUGAAGACGGAGCUGUCCACGUCCAAAGGGGGGAAGAAGAAGGCAGCGGCGGGGCGGUCUCACGACGGUCACUCCUCAGAUCGAUGGGCCGAGUAUGUAAAGACGCUGAAGUCCAACGAUUUACAGAGAGCUGGAUUGAAACACCAGUGUCUCGACGUCCUGAAGAGCCUGGACAAGCAGCAAAUAGAGGCGCGAAACGAGGCAGCCCACGAGACCGGGAAGGAAUUUGCCGUGCUCUUUGCCUUUGAGCAAGGAAAGGCACAAGAAAAGGCCGAGAAGGCCCAAGACGCCGGCACUAAAGAAGCAAGGAAAGCGGGCAUUGCAGAGGCCGAAGCUAGAAAAGCCGAACUGCGCUCGCUCGCCGAGAUGUUUGAAUGGCUAUACGCCAGAAACGUUGAAGAUGUCGCUCGUGAAGAGCGGGCGAAGUAUUCUUAGAAAAGAAUGGUCGUCAAGUAUAAUGGGAAAACAAGUAUAUUUGGCUAGCAGUCAACAAGUUUAAAUGUCCGUAGCCUGGGUGUUUAACAUGCUCGGGGAUCGGAUGGAAGGUUAGCCUGAUCGAUUAUCUGAGAAAU